UUCUUUCUCAAUAAGGCGGGAACAGCAGGCCAAAAAAGAAAACCAAUCGCGUCAUGAGAAGCCUCGCCGUGCUUUUCAUAAUGGCGCUCGCCGCGGUCGUCAUCGUGCCACCAGUCGCCACCGCCGGCCAAGCGGGGCUUACGCCCAGGAGGAGCCGGUUCCUAGCGGCCAACGCCCUGCCCGUCUACGACUGCUCCAAGAAGUCGGCCUCCGUCUGCCUCGAGCGGGGGAGCCCAGGGGCGACGUGCUGCGGCGGCCAGUGCGUCGACGCCAUGUCCAGCCCGUACCACUGCGGCGGCUGCAACAAGGUGUGCAAGAGUCGCCGCGGUAAUUGCUGCGGCGGGCGCUGCGUCGACCUGGACUUCGACAAGGACAACUGCGGCAGGUGCGGGAACCAGUGCAGCAACAAGAAGUGUAACUAUGGUUUCUGUGACUACGCUUAAUGUACCAAAAUCGGACUGUGAAAGCUUUGUGAAGAUCUUGUUUGCUGCAAAUGAUCAUGACUUGCUAUAUUCUCGAUGGAAACCGCGAAAGUGGGAACACUAGCUUGCUGACUGGAGUUAAGUAUUCUAAGGUUCUAUUUUGAAUGGGAAGAGACGCUGGUGCGUGAACUUUUAGGAUGAAA